UGGGAAAUCAGCAGGCCAGCAAGAGUGGUGGAGUGAUAAGCUUGUGAAAUAACUUUUGUGAAUGUUCUAAGCAGGACUCGAAAAACAUGGGGAAGAAAGUGGCCGGCUCUGGCCCCUGCUCCAGGAUACCUGACAACUCGGCCUUCAAGCAGCAAAGGCUUCCUGCUUGGUCACCUUCGCUCACUGCAGAGACCGUCCUGCCCUUCUUUUACAUCAUAGGGCUGGUGUGCGUGCUGCUGGGGGUCGCACUGUUCCUUACCGUGCAGAAAAUACAGGAGAUCCAGGUGGACUACACCACUUCAGGCACAUGUGAUGCUUGCUUCGAGAUGCGUUCAAACAAAAUGAGUGCCAGCGUUAAGUGCAGGUGUUCCGUCGACUUCUCCCUCAAAGAGAACUUCCAGGAGGAUGUAUUUCUCUACUAUGGCUUGGUCAACUUCCAUCAGAAUUUAAGAAGGUACAUGGACUCCCGAGAUGACGGCCAGCUGGUCGGUCGAACAACAAAUCUCAAGAAUCCAAGCACCUACUGUGAGCCUUUUGCCUACAAUAAUGGCACUCCUAUAGCACCAUGUGGAGCCAUUGCAAACAGUAUGUUCAAUGACUCCUUUACUCUGAAGUACCUCCCCCCCACAGGGGGGGUGGUGAUAGUUCCUUUCUACAGAACAGGAAUUGCCUGGUAUACAGACAAAAAUGUCAAGUUUCGCAACCCUCAGAUUGAAAAUGAAUUGCUUCCUCAAGUCUUCCAAGGAACUGCUCAGCCUUUUUACUGGCAGAAGCCUGUGUAUGAACUGGACCCCUCUGAUCCUAACAACAAUGGAUUCAUCAAUGAGGAUUUCAUUGUCUGGAUGAGAGAGGCAGCUUUCCCCAGUUUCAAGAAGCUAUACGGCAUUCUGAAUCGUCAGUCCAAAGCAAUAUUUGAACAUGGCCUUCCUGCUGGAAACUACAGUGUGACCAUCUCCUACAACUUCCCUGCUCAAUAUUUCCAGGGGAAAAAGCUGGUGGUCCUGUCAACGGUCAGCUGGUUUGGGGGCAAGAACAUUUUCCUUCCCAUUGCCUACAUAGUGACUGGUGGUGUGAUCCUGGUGGUUGCUGUGGUACUCACUGUAGUGUACAUAAAAAUUGGGAAAAAGGGCUUGAACAUGGAAGAAUGAAAGAUAUGAUUGUAAGACAAUUCUUAAGCAUCCUUUAUGCUUUAUGUGAAUUUAAAUGAGGUGCAAGGUGUUAGUUCAUUUGUGUGAUGUAUUUAUACAAUGUUUUUACUAUGGAAACAGUUUGUAAAAAAUUUGGGUAAACAUAACUUUAAUCUAACUGAUAGUACAAAUUUUUAUAUAUGUAAACCGUUUUUAAUAAUUCAAACAUUUAUGUGCUGUUUGAAGGGCACCUAUAGAUACAUCUGGCUUCUAAUUUAAGUCUUAAGUUAACAUGUGUAACAGAGUAGUAGACUUUUUAAUGGUGCAAUUUCACAUGUGGACAAAGUAUGAAAGAACUAAUACAUAAUGGUGAUAGAAAGAAAAGAGAAUAAAAAUAUACUCAAAAUGUGCAAAGAUUUGUGAGUAUUGAGUAAAUGAAACAAUACAAAGU